ACAAAAAUAAGAAAGUUAAUAGAGUAAAUAAAAUCCUGUUGGAGUAGAUGGGAAAAGGGUGGGCAAUAGCAUUGCAUGGUGGUGCAGGAGAUAUUCCAAUUAAUCUUCCCCAAAACAAAAAGGAACCCCGUGAAUCUGCUCUUCUCCAUUGUCUUCAACUUGGAAUUUCUGCUCUCAAAAAUGGCCGUUCUCCUCUUGAUGUUGUUGAACUUGUGGUAAUGGAAUUAGAAAAUCAUCCAUUGUUUAAUGCUGGGAGGGGAUCAGUCUUAACUACUGAGGGAACUGUUGAAAUGGAUGCAAGUAUAAUGGAUGGUAAGACCAAGAAAUGUGGUGCUGUUUCUGGUGUUAAAACUGUUAAAAAUGCUGUUUCUCUUGCGCGUUUGGUUAUGGAGAAGACGCCUCAUGUGUAUCUCGGUUUUGAAGGAGCCGAGGCAUUUGCUAGGGAACAAGUCGUUGAAACUGCCAAUCAAAGUUAUUUCAUCACACCAGCAAAUGUUGAAAGGCUACAACAAGCUAAAGAAGCAAAUAGGGUUCAGCUAGACUAUACUAGGCCAAUUGCAAAAGAAGUGAAAGUAGAAACGCACAUUGCAAAUGGCGACAGCCAAAUAGGCACAGUUGGGUGCGUUGCUGUUGAUGCUGACGGCAACUUGGCUGCUGCAACAUCAACAGGGGGUGUUGUCAAUAAAAGGAUUGGAAGGAUCGGAGAUUCACCAAUAAUUGGCUCGGGCACAUAUGCCAACACUUAUUGUGCUGUCUCUUGCACCGGAGUAGGGGAAGACAUCAUACGAGGAACGAUUGCACGAGAUGUGGCUGCGCUUAUGGAGUACAAAGGUCUUUCCCUUAAAGAAGCGACCUCUUAUGUCAUUAAAAACGGUGCACCAGAAGGCACUUUCGGACUGGUUGCUGUAUCCGCCACAGGCGAGAUUGCUAUGCCUUUCAAUACUACCGGGAUGUUUCGUGCUUGCGCAUCUCAAGAUGGUUACAGUGAAGUUGCCAUACAUUGAUUAUUGUAGGAUGAAGUACUAUCUCUAAUAAAUUCAUAUGCCUUGGAAAUGUGAAUAUUUGCUGUUAAGGAUUUGCUUCCUGUACUGUAACACACACCUAAAGUUAUUUUUUAGCCAAGAUUUUUCAUUUUUCAAUUGGUAUGGAUGUGAACUUCUAAACAAGAAUAUUUUUUGGGUUUGAGUGCUUACAAUCUUUCAUGGCGUGUUUUAAAUUGACUCAUUUAGAUACAAGGGUGUCUUUAAAUA